AUGCCCGUCAAAUCAUUAGAGUCGUACCUUUUUGAAAGAGGGCUUGUAGGCUCGUACCCCAUCGAAUACUUGAAGAAUGCGGUGCUUGGAAUUGAUGUGAAUCACUAUGCAUCCAGGUUGUUGACGAGUAAACGGGAACAAUAUUUGGACGCCAUUGGUGGGUUCCCGACAAGCUUAAGGAUGUACUUAGAGAGCGAUUUGAAAGUUUUCAAAGAGUUUAAUAUAACGCCACUCUUUGUGUUCAAUGGGAGUUUGGUCAGCACUCAGUUAGAGUCCUCUGGAAUUUUGAGUGGGAACGCUGACGAGGCAAACGCUGUUACAGUGAACGCAUCCGCUGUAAAUUCACAUAACUCUUCAAUGAACUCUGCGAAUCAGUUUACAAAGGAGAAUAAAGAGUCAAUCUUCAUUCAGAGACACAAGGGUUGGACUCAAUGGAACAAUUUAGUGACAAGCAACAAGGACUCGUACAUCGAUCAGCCUAUUCAACCUCAAGAGGCGUUUAGAUACAAUACUAUCAUUGAAACUAAGAGGUUUCUCUCUGAUUUGAUUGCAUACUUCAUUGACCAUGAUAUACUCUAUCAAGUGGCUCCUUAUUGUUCAUGGGCGCAACUGUCUUACCUUCUGACGAAUGGUAAUAUUGACGCAAUCUAUGGUCCAACCGACUGCUUGAUGUUGAAUAAUGUUCAGAAAUUCAUUCUCGGGAUGGAGUUUCCAAACAAAGAAUUCCGGUUCAUCGAUAAAGCUAGAGUUUUAAGAGAGUUUGGCUGCUCUCAUGAAGAAUUUGUGGACAUUGCAAUGGCUGUAGGAAAUGACCUGCAGCCAUUUACCUUACCGCCUUUACAAAUUUAUCCCGCUGUACAACUGUUUGAGUUCGCGUUAGAAAUGGUCAUCAGUACAGGCACAAAUUUUUAUGCUUAUCAGCUUUCUAACCCGGUGAGAAAUGAAAGUCUGGAUUGUGUCGAUAAAUACAGAAAGGGAGUUUCUGCACUUCAUUACAUGCCUGUGCUGAAGGAUACUGGUAAGGUCGAGAUUUUCAUAGAGCCAGAAACUGCGUCGAAUGAGGGCGACUCUCCCAAACAAUCCCAAACUUAUUCGACCGGCAAUGUGACUGACAUUCCUGAAGACAUUUCUUCACCAAGACCUAUUCCCUCCGAUGUGCACGACUUCAUCGCUCAGCAGCUACCUUCUGAAUAUUACUUUUACAAAUCAUUGGGCCUCAUUAGUGGAAAAUUACUUGAUACAAUUUCAACUGGCAUCUACCCUGAAGAACCACCGUUAGAUCACGGAUCUACAAAUUCCUAUAGAAAGCUGGUCAAGGAUUCCGUAGAAGUCUUUAAAAAUAAUGAGAUCAAUCUAUUAACUCAACCUAUAAACAGAUACUAUCAAAUAAAGCCGAUUAAACAGGUAAAAUGGUUUGCAAAAGAUGAUCCUGUCUCUAUCACAAAUAGAAUGACUCCUUCCACUUUUGAGAAAAUUAAUCAUUUAGUGGUCAAAACAGACCUAAAGGAUAAGAGCUUCUCCAUCUCAGAAUUCAUCAAUUUAAUUGAAAAUUCAAAAGAUUUAGCAGAAGAUUUUAUAUCUGAAAAAGUCCUAUUUCCAAACUCGGUUUCAGCAGAUAAGAAGCUAAAAACUUCUUUUGACUUAUUGUCCACAAGUUUUUUGAGGGAUGCAUACAUCCUCGGAUUCUUCGAGUACAACUUAAAUAAAAAACUUUUAAAACCGACUGUCUGGGGCUCCAUUUUACUUCAAUUCAACAAAUUAUCAAUUGAUCCUGAAUAUCACGAAGCAUUUUUUGUUCUGUUAGUUUUUUUCAAAAUGAAUGUGCUAUCUCUGUCUGAGGACACUCAGCCACCUGCACCUUCCUCAUUAUCUCAAGCAACUCUACGUUCAUAUCCUCGGGAAUCUUUGUACAUCCUGGUAAUAACACGUAUUCUGACUUUGUUCCAAGUUGAGCAAAAACCAACUAACUAUUAUGGUCCAGUUGAUAAAAAAACCUUAAUUUUCAGAGACCAUUUAGAUUUUGUUAAAGAAAACCUGAAAGAACUCUUUGAGGCAGUCACUGUAUCGUCAUUGACCUCCGGGGAAUUUGACCGUUUAUCUAUUGAUAAUUCUGGAUGGCAAAAAAACAUCGUGAGGAAUCUUCCAUUUAAGUUAAGCACUCCUAGCACUGUGAUGGCGAUGAUGUGGGAAUUCUUUCUUCAAAAAUAUCUACACAAUGGAAAUGCAAAAGCAGAUGCUUUUUCUUUGGUGGUUACAGAAUUUAGCACAUUCAAAUCUGUUCCUAAUUUGAACGAGCAAUUUAUGAAGAGCCAAGACUUCUUGACACAAUGCUCUGCUCUGUUGAAUGCGCUAGCUGCCUCAAAGUUGAUAAAAAGCGAAGAUGCUUUUUUGUUUGCAAAAGCUGUUGAAUAUAGCGGAAAAGCGAUUAUGGACUGA